GUUCCACUUCCUUUAAAUGUCGAUCGUUUGACGUCAGUUGUAUUAGCUACUGACAACAAUGAUAUAAUGGAGGACACGCCAACAGGGUCUAACACUACGCACUGCACUAAUUCUAUUCUCAUCCAGCGUGCUGUUCCUACUGUUGCUGCAAUGCCGUUCGUUCAUGAUCAGUCUCAGAAACGUACGCAGGUUGUGAUAUUGUAAGCUCUUUUUUAAAACGUGGAAAAAGUGGAUCUUUCAAACUGAUCAAGAGUGGCCACAUACAAGCGAUGCAGCGUCUAGGAGAAUCUCUUACGUUUGAUGAACAUCUAAUUCAAUUGUGUGAAGAGUUCGUGUGCAAGAUAUACGGAAAGAAGUCAUUUACAAGUGUGAAUUCGUUAAGAUAUCACUUGGUUUGCACUGCAACAUCCACGUCGUACACCGAUUUACCUCCAACUCAUGACACAUUUGUUCAACAUGUCCGCCGAAGCAACUACCAAGCGUUUCUUUGGAAACAGUGUCUUCAGCAUGGAGAAGUUCCCAGUCCUAUUGGGCACGGUUGGGAUAUCGAUGAUGGCGACAUCAACGUAUUAUGGAUGACUCUUUCUUCUGCACCUUUGGCUCUCUUGGAACUACUGCGUUGUGGUUGUUCAUCGGGUUGCAAUAGUGCAAGAUGUCGGUGCUUCAAGAACAACAUGCCAUGUACUGAUGCUUGCAAGUGCAAAGAGUGUGUCAAUGCCGCGGCUGCUGCUCCUCCUGUCACUGAUGUAUACGUUGAAGACGCCGACCUGAUUGUUCUCGAUGAAAUGUAAGCCAGACAACUCUAGAAUAGCUACAGUACGCUGGUUUGUACAAAUAUUAUGUAAUGUUAAAAAUUGAACUAAGAUAAAGUUGUUUAGAGUGCUAAAAACUUUGAUGUUAGUUUUCUUAAUAUAAUCAAGUUGUGUUGCUUAAUUAAAAUUUAACGUGUAACAUUUGCGAGUAAAAAUUGAUGCUAAAGGAAU